AUGUCGGCAACAAAAAUAUUAACGCCCAUGAACCAUGGGACAGCCGGUUUGAUAAAGUUUGUUCCACACUUCAAACAACUCAAAAUAGGUUGGACAGCUUGUGCACCAAGGUCUGAAGGCGUGGAGCAAUUUGUUGAAGAAUAUCUGCCUGUUAUUAGGUUUGUUUUCUCAAUAUUGUUAUUUCGACAGCUUUUUUUCGAAAAUCAAAAUUUUUUAUCAAUUCUUUAAAAGUCUCAUCUAUAAAUUCGGUAAAACUUCUGUUCUUGAUGCAAUUAUUUUAGGGAAAACAAUCCCGACGUUAAAUUCAGUUUGUACAGAACCCACACUUUGAUCGACCCUUUCCUAAAAGGUCUUUAUAACUUUAACCGAGAGCGCAACCGUCGGUUGGUAUGGAAGACGGCCGAACAGGUACUGGCUCAAGUUGAAGAAAUGGCCCUAGGUGGUGACUUUAGGCCAGGCAGGAAACGUGGAGUCAACAAAAGACUGCCUCGAGGUCUGGAAAUCUGGGAUUCUGAGACGAAAGGUCACGAUGUGUUCGAAGUUUACAGUAAAUGGAAGGCGGAUCCGGCUCCAGAAGGCACGAUCAAGAGUAUGCAACAUCCGAAUCUUGUUCAUAAACCGCAUUAG